AAAGACAGUGGUGAUCAACGUCAUUUUAAAGCAUUGCAUUGCACAAACCAACUCCCAAAACUGUAGAUAAUAAUUUGGUUGAUAAUAACAUUAAUCACACGCAGAGAUGAAAUGUUUACACACAUAAACAUCCAAUGGUUUUACUUUCAUAUAUAAAUCGUGUAAUAACGAGUGUGGAAUAUCAUCUUUCUUUUUAGAAUUUCAUUCAAAAAUCAUCAUCUGAAUAUUUUGAAAAAAAUGCCCGGCGGUGAUUGGAUUCCGGUCCUGUCACAGAUGAAAUCUUUUGUUCAGGUUAUGACCGGUGAUGUGGAAGGCGCCCGUCAAACUCAGUCAAAUUUUUCUCGUGAAUGUCCUAUCAUUUCGCAAGUUAGAUCGGUAGCAGAAUUGGCUAGUGGUAAUAAAGAAGCAGCUAUAGAAACUCAAAGUCGAUGUCUUACUACUAUGAGCGAUUUUGUCGAUGGUUUACCUAUCGUUGGUCAUGUCAAAGGUUAGUGUGGUUUGACGUUCCUCUAAAUUAGUCUCUUAAUUCAACAUUUUUUUUUUGUCUCACAAUAGGUGGAAUUCAUCAUUUGAGCUGGCGAUCAUGAAAGAGGCAAUCGAGCAUUGAAAGCUGCCACAAGAACUUCGGUAGUGAUGGGAGCUGGAGCUGUUGCUGCCGUUACCACCGGAGGUAUAGCUGCCAUACCUGCUGGAAUUGUUGCAGGUACAGCAUUCGACACUACCGACAGUAUAAUCAAUCAUAAACCAAAAGGAUGUAUCGCAACAGUAAAUAAAGCUGUAAAUAAACCAAUAGGUGAAAAUGUUUUCGAUUUAGUAUUGGGUGUUGUUUGCGAUGGUAUGGCUGGCUAUAGUGGUGGGAGAAUUGGAACAAAAAUUGCAAAUGUCAAAGUGGCACGAUUGAAAGCUAAAAUGACAGCCAAAAUGGAUAAAUUGAAUGCUGGCAUGGAUCCAAAUAGUAUUACUUUAACCGUUCAUGGGAUCAAAGCUUUCAGAAAUUCAGAAAUUAACACAAUCAGACAUGGCACACCGGUUUACUGGGAUGAUGUGAAAGGAAAUGGUAAAACAGCAACAACUUCUGAGAAAGUCACAUUUCCACUGAUACAAACUACAACUAGCUCAACGUAUGAAGCAUUUAAUGCUGACUAUUAUGAAGGAGAACAAUGUAAAGGCGAUACACAGGAAAAAUGUGCUAUAGCUCGCAAUUACGGUGGACAAAAAUCGUGUGGACAAAGAUAUCAUUCAAAAUAUUCAUCAUAUAAAUCGACUACAAUUGAAGAGAUAAAAAAAAUUUCUGAUGAUCAUAAUCGUGAUCCACGCGGUAAUUUGAAGAAAACAUGUGAACUUAUUGUACGUCUUUGGUUUCUAUUGUUACGUAUGCCAAAUGAAUUCAAUUACACGGGUGCAAUUACAAUGAACAAUGCACAUGAAGGUCUUUUACAUUCUUUCGUACGUCAUUUUAAUGAAUGGAAUCGUUUCAUUGAUAUAAAUGAUAUAUUAAAAAGAUUACAACCAAUACGUAAUAGGCUUGAUCAAAUUAUGAGAGCCAGAAAUGGUAAUGAAGCUUUGAAUUUUGUUCAACAGCUAAAAAGUGAUAUUGAAUCGCUUCCAAACGAUGUUUGGGUUGAUGUUAAAUUGGCAUUGUUUCAAGUGCAAGAAAGAAUUUAUCAAUUCAUACAACGCAAUCUUACCUAUUCUCAAUAUCUUGGCGAAGGAAUCAACAACAAUGGCCAAAUGCAAGUCUAUUUCGAUGUCGGUGAUGGACAAGUGAUGGCCAUUGCAGUUAGUCGACAACUUUAUGAUCCAAUUUUUCCACAAGAUAGAAGACCUGUUCGUUCUAUAAUUACCAUUUUUUUCAUGACCAAAAAAGAAUAUGAGAAACGUAAAACAACCAUAUUGUACUAACAAGUUGGACAAUAAUUCCAUGACAACAAAAUU